UUCCACUUGACACCGGUCAGAGCAGGAGGCAAGUCGCAGUCCUGUAGCCUGCACUGUACUGCUUGCGCCAUCCAGGCGGGUAGCGAUGUGAAUGUGUGGCUGCUGCUUUAUCCCGGACCCCCCGCGUCACGGUCUCGGGAUGGAACGAAGGAGAGCAGAACCAGACACCGGCACCAACCCAGUGUCCUUGUACGGGGAAUACACGGUCACUGGUAACCGAAAAGUCAGGUGUGCUCUGAGUUUGACCGACAGAGACCUCCUCGUCCAGCGGCUCACUUCGACACCUGUCGGGCGGAACAAGGUGGUGCUCAGCCUGGAGGACUGCGUCGGCUGCCGUGCUUACCGGGAAGAUGACACCGCGGACCCGGCAGCGUACUUCGCAGCCUACUUCUACCCGCUGAAGCGGCGCUGGAUGAGUUCCGGGGUGUACCGGCAGAGAGUGGAGCAGUGCUUUCGGUUCGACGCGCUGCAGGACCCGCGCGCCAACCUGGAGGAAGCGGAGAAGUGGGCUCGCGCUGUCCAAGAACGCUCUGCCCGGCAACAGUACCUAAGAGAAGGGGUGUUGAUGAGCGAGUUGCCUCGUCCGUGCCGGAUGAUGCUGCUGGUGAACCCACAGAGCGGGAAUGGACAGGCACUCACGCUCUACAACAACCACAUCCAACGAAUGCUCAACGAGGCGGGAGUCCCAUACACUCUGUUUAUCACCGAGCGGCAAAACCACGCCCGAGAGCUCGUGAGGGAGGCCGAUCUGUCACAGUGGGACGCUUUAGUCAUCAUAUCUGGAGACGGACUUCUGUUUGAGGUGAUAAAUGGUCUGUCGGAGAGACCAGACUGGGAGGAGGCCAUUCGGACCCCAUUGGGUAUUCUUCCUGGUGGAUCAGGCAACGCCUUGGCUGCAUCCAUUCAUAACUACUCUGGAGCCUCGCCGGUGUGCAGUGAGGAGCUCCUGGUCAGCUGUGGUUUCCUGCUCUGCAAAGGGCUCGUGUCCCGUAUGGACCUGGUCUCCAUCCAUCUCUCCUCCAGCCCUCGUCUCUUCUCCUUCCUCUCGCUGGCCUGGGGCUUUGUAGCGGACGUAGACAUAGAGAGCGAGAAGUAUCGCCACGUCGGCGCUGCUCGGUUCACCAUUGGCACACUGGUGAGGCUGGCUUGUCUCCGUGUCUACAGGGGCAAGCUGGCCUACCUGCCCGCCACAGAGGGCCACAACAACGACGGGGGUUUGAGAAAUAACAUGACACCGCACUGCAAUAAUCAGGCCUCCUCCCUGGGUCCAGCCCCCCUGCUGGGUCGACCGUCCAGAGACUCUCCCUGCCAGAACACCUUCCACAACUCCUGCCACUCCAACAACUCCCUCAAAGGGAGGACGACGGAGAGCGCGCCUUCUCGGAGCGCCACCAAAUCCCUCACCGGCCCGCCUGACUCACUGCUGCUGCCUCUGGACCAGCCGCUGCCCGACAACUGGGUGGUGGUGCAGGAGGAAGACUUUGUCCUGGUGCUGGCCAUGUACCAGUCCCACCUGGCGGAGGACCUGCUGGCGGCACCAGACGCCACAUUGGACGAUGGCCUCAUCCAUCUUCUCUACGUUAGGGCGGGAAUAUCACGCGCUGCGCUGCUGAGGCUGUUCCUAGCUAUGGAGAAGGGCGCACAUCUGGCUACUAACUGUCAACAUCUGGUGUACACUAAGGUGCGGGCACUCAGGCUGGAGCCUUAUUCGCCUAAAGGGAUAAUCACCGUCGACGGAGAAGUGGUGGAAUAUGGGCCGUUGCAAGCGGAGACACACAGAGGCCUGGCGAGAUUAAUCACUGGAUGAACUGAGCAAACAUCUCUGCUGUUAAGACCCAAUAAAAACAUUUUCACAAUUUAAACCAGAAAUGUUCCGAAGCACAGAGACACAGUAGCAAAGCAAUGGAUGUAAGACUGAUUCACGGGUUAGCUGCAAAGUUAGACUCUCAACUAUACAUAGAGACCACACGAUUUAGACGAAAGUAAUGUGAUGUUGGUCAGUUUAUAUACAAACACGUGCUAUGUGUGGAGGGCCAAAGUGUUAUCAAUAAUAUCAAUAUCAAAGAAAAUAAGACAUUAUGAAUGAAGAAUCAUAUUAAUAAAUGCCAGUACAAUAUAUAACUGUUAACUUAUAAAAAUAACCUAAAUCAAUUUUUCAUCUUAACUUAUUAUGAAAUGUUAUUUAAUCCAACAUAUUUUCACAAUAAGAGCGUUUACGGCUGGUAUUUUUUAUUUCAAACUGUCCUUUUUCCAACACACAUUAUUUUCAGAGUCUUUAUCAGUUAAUCAAGACAGACGGCACAGUCAGCUAUAUGAUUGGCCAAUAACACUGGGGUCUGUGUGUCUUCACUGAGAGACAAAUACUUUCUUACAAAUCACCCUCCAAGUCCUGAUAUAAGAUAUUUGUUUAUUCUUAAAUUGUGCACACAAAAUUAAAAAUAAAAUCUGAGAUAAAAAUUGGGGGAAAAUAACUGCUGGAAUAAAGUAAAACUGACCUGCAAUGAACUCUGAAACAGGAUAGAAAAGUCACAAUAAUGAACGAAGGUUUAGAAAUGUAUUGAAUUAUUUCUCAAUAUACCAUUUAAUUUAUUUAUCUAUUUAUUUAUUAGUAGCGAACACUUUGGGUCUCCAUAGCCGUGACUGAGCUUCAUGUAGAUAAUUUACAGACCAGAUACACAUGAUGACGCGUUGAGCCUCUAUGUAAAGUGAAUCCGUCUACAUCUUUAGCCGCCAGUAUCUCUUAUCUUCUCUGUGCUGAAGUCGACACAUCAACCUGAAUUACAGCAUUGUAUGCAACAGCAGAGGGUUGGAUUUAUGCCUCUGCAGUACGUUGGAGACUGUGUGUGUGUUUGUGUGAGUGAUGCAGCAGGGAUGUUGUUCUCGUUUUAACAGAGGUCAUCGGGCUUUGCGACUGUUGAACAUAGAGAGCCUCAAACACUCCAAAAGGCCAAAAGUCUAACUUGAAUCCUUGAUGGGUCAGCGGGUGGCAUCUGGGACGAUGGUGCUCGUCUACUACAACAUAUAAGACUGCUGAGUGAUGUGAGGGUAGGUGUGCCUCCGGCUUGUGCUCCUGUAGAAGUCAAACAAAUCCCAAGGAAGCACAUUGCAGGAAAAACAUCUUUUAAUAUUUCAUCUGACAUUUAUUUUCUCAUAUUAAGUCUAUCUGUGAUGGUCCCACAGCUUUCUUUGCACGCCCGGUUUUGAGAUCAGAGGCUGUAAAUAUUUGGUGUGCUGUGUUGUUUCACUCUGAGCACCAGAGUCCCAGAUUCAGAAAGGUUCGAUUGCCUUAAAGACUUGCCAGCUCCAUUCUGGUUUCCCAAGCCAACCACGCUACCUUAAUUUCACCUGAGAACAGAUUCAUGUCCGUCAAACCAGUUCUUAUGUCUUCUAUUUUUUAAUAAGAUUUUAUUCUGAAAUACAGAGACAGUUCUUAGAGAAGUAAGGCAAGGCAAGUUUAUUUGUAUAGCACAUUUCAACAAGGUAAUUAAUUAACAAAACCACGGAAAGAUAAAAAAAAGACAUUAAAAUACAAUUUUUAAUUGAGUUUGAAAUUUAGAUAGAAAGUUAAAUAGAAAAAUGAUAAAACAGGACAGUAAAAUUUUCAGUGUAGUGUAAGUUUUGAAUCUACAGCCUUAAAUGUGAUUAGAUUAAAGGCACUGGUAAAAGUAGUCAUAUUUAAGUCUCAAGGGUGCUGCAAAGACAGCAGCAGUGGAACAAAUGUAAACAGAGUGACAUCUGUUAUUAUUCUGUUAAAAGAAAAACGCUUUUAAAGGUUUCCUGUAGAGUUUAGAGCUCUAGUUGCAUUAUGGAGCCGUUUAUUUAAAAAAAAAUUUUAUUUUGUGCACGAGGACACACUAUUCCACUGAACAUGGGGUGGUAAAACACCAUAAGCUGCAGUGCGCCAGAAAAGGCAGUGAGGAAUUUUGCUGCAAGCUGGUAAACAUGGAUGUAAAGAACGCUGGAUUCAAAAA